AAGUUAAUUGUCAAGUUUUUGAAAUGAAUAUUUCAUCGAAUUCCGAAAUAGAUUUUAUCGAAACUCUAAAAAAAUAUAAAAAGUUAUCGGAAAAUCAAGAAAAUCAUAAUAACUUAUUAAAGGAAAAAACUGUAGUUUUAUUCGUGGCGUCUCUUUUGGAACUUAACAAUUUAACAAUAACAACAUUAUGCUUAGAUAUUCUUAAUAAUUUAAUUGAAAAUUGCGAUAACCAUACACCUCUUAUUAUAACUUUUGGAAUUUUAGAAGCACUCGAGUCUACUUCUAUAAGACUAAGAGAAUUAGACAAUAAACAAGCUUAUAGAGCAUCUGAAAUGGCUGAUGUUUUAAAAAGAAAUGCUCCCCCAUCACACAGCACAAGAAAUAGAUUAAAACAAAGACAACAAAGAAGAAACACAACGUUGGUUUAUCAAUUAUACAUUCCUCAUUUAACACGGGAAAAUCGGCACAUUUUCGAUGAAACUAUUAUUAAACAGAAAGGAUUGGUUUCGUUUGUGGUUGAUAUGGAGCAACAAAAAUGUACAGUUAGGUUGAGUCCAAAAUUACCUAUUAAAAACGUUAUUGAAGCUCUUUAUAAGAAUGGGGUAACUGUUUUAUUGGUUAGUAAGAAUAGGAAUGAUAUUGAUGAAGUCUACAUAGAUAUAUUCAGUAAAUCAAACAAAAAAUGUUUAUCUCCCCAAUAUUUACCUGAAGACGAUACGCCACCGAAAGCAAAAUCAUUGGCUGAUGUAAAUAAUUUUAGAAAAAAUGCGGGAGAUUGGUUUAAAACAGCAUCAGAUUUUUUGGCUAAUUCCUUUUAUUGGUAAUAGCUAUAAAAAAUUUUAUUAAUAAAUAUUUUGAA